UCUCGGUGCUAAAGGCCGGGACGUGUGUGUUGGGCCAGGGGGGUAAUCUAGCACGAAACAACGAUACUGCUGCUUUCUUAUGGGCCCCGAGGGUGUGAUAAUAAAAACCGAACAAAAAUAAUAAUACUGCGUCCUUCAAUUGCUACUGUCCUAAGGUAGUUAGAUGGUAAAAUGUGGGCUUGUUGUCUCCACUUUGCAGGGUAAACCAAGGCUCGAGAAGGUUAGGUGAGUGUAAGAAUUGAGAUCCAAUCUGUGUUCGGCUCGGCACCCUGAGCGGUGCCCCACGGCCACCCCGACGGAGGGCCAGUUGAGGGCGGGCACCCGGCUCAGAUGUGGAAACAGAGGCUCCGGGCUCGAGCGCCCCCCACUGACCAGGUUGGGAUUCGCGCCUGCCCUGCGGUCUGGACUGGGGUCUCUGCCCCUCCUCGGGGCGGUGGUGCGGUGACGUCACUGCCCCUUUAAGACCCCCGCCUCCGCCCCAUCCGCACACUCCGCCGGCUACUCCGAGUCCCUGAGGGCCCCUUUGCAGGGCAGCUCCUCCACCUCAGCCUCACCAUGGCCUCCGCUGGCCUGCAAAUCCUGGGGAUCGUCCUGACGCUGUUUGGCUGGGUGAAUGCCCUGGUGUGCUGCGCCCUGCCCCUGUGGAAGGUGACCGCCUUCAUCGGCAACAGCAUCGUGGUGGCCCAGGUGGUCUGGGAGGGGCUGUGGAUGUCCUGCGUGGUGCAGAGCACAGGCCAGAUGCAGUGCAAGGUGUAUGACUCGCUGCUGGCACUGCCCCAGGACCUGCAGGCAGCCCGUGCCCUCUGUGUCAUCACUCUCCUCGUGGUCCUGCUCGGCCUGCUGGUCUACCUCUCGGGAGCCAAGUGCACCACCUGCGUGGAGGACAAGGACACCAAGGCCCGUCUGGUGCUCACCUCUGGGAUCAUCUUCGUCCUCUCAGGGGUGCUGACCCUGAUCCCCGUGUGCUGGACGGCACACGCCAUCAUCCAGGACUUCUACAACCCCCUAGUGGCUGAGGCCCAGAAGCGGGAGCUGGGAGCCUCCCUCUACUUGGGCUGGGCGGCCUCUGGCCUUUUGUUGCUGGGUGGUGGGCUCCUGUGCUGCACCUGUCCCUCGGGGAGAUCCCAGGGCUCCAGCCAUUAUAUGGCCCGAUACUCGGCAUCAGCCCCACACACUGCCUCUCGGGGUCCCUCUGAGUACCCCACUAAGAAUUAUGUCUAAUUCGGGUGGGGGUGGGGGCUCCCAUGACACUGGCGCCUAACCCUGAGCUGGAACCACGGAGACGGUGAUCCGUGACAGCUUCGGGUUUGCUUUUGCUUCAGAUGGGGGCCCCUGGUUGAUCCUCACCCCUGUAAGACGGAGCCAGAGAAGCGAUGCUUCUGAGUUUGUGCAUCUUUCUCCACCCUGGACACCCCCGUCUUAGAGACCCACCUGGAGCUGAGGGUCCUGUGUGAAGCUCUUUGCUGGCCAGGUGCCUUCACCCUGUCCUCAGGAGUUCCUGCAGUCGCUGGGGGCAAGGGUUCCCCAGGCUUGCAGGGACAAGCCUUCCCUUGAUGGUCAGGCUUCUGGAACUCCCAGGGGCUCUUGAGCCUCAUGAAGCCACUAGGACAGUAGGCGCUAAGUUACCAAAGAACCACCCAAUCUUCAGACCUCCGGCUCCUCCCUCAUGAGUCCUGCCCCCUCGGCGCUUGACCCCCCUCAGCUCCAACCCCUGUGCACGUCUGCCAGGUCCUGUCCACACUCACCAGUUUUUUCUAAAUAAAGCACGUUUCAUUUUGA